UAUUUAACUUUUCCGAGAGGAUAGUAUCGGGAAUCGAAGGCCCGCAUCGGGCUAGGGAAUUAUUAAUCGACGAAAAUUUCGACGGUUUUAGUGUGUCCUACGGUUCAGUAACUUUCGUUAAAAAUUUGGUUUAAGAAUCUUUUUAACUUGAUAAGUUAUGACAAUUUAUAAAAUAAGAAAAAAAUCAGCUUUUCCACCACUGUACUUUAAAUAACGAUUUUUAUAACGGCCGUUACUAUAGCAACGGUGAUUGACCGGAACACCUGUUGCUAUUUGCCAGACCAUCUGGCGAUAUUAAAAGUAAACAGGAAGUGACUUGGAUAAAAUAAAUUAUCUCUUUAUUUAAUAAGAUAAAUUAAAAUAAGUGUUUUAAUUAAAAUUAUGGAUGAAAAAAGGAAGGAUUUGAUAAAAGAAUUUAACAAAGACACAAGUAAUAUUAUAGAAGAAUUACAAGAUUACAUCGAAGAUAAUAGAAAUGGCAGGAUGUCAACUCCUGAUCAUUAUAAUAUAAUAAUGAAUUCCAUACAGAAAAUAGUUAAAUUAGCAGAGAUAAAGAUUAUAGAGAUAGGAUCAACAACAAGGUUGGAUAGAGAUUCCCUAGGGAAUCUAAAAGAGGAAAUAAAAGAAAUUGUACAGCAAAAUAACGAAAAAACACUUCAGAUGGUUGAACAAUUAAGAGAGGAAAUUAGAGAAAUUAGAAAAAUGAAAGAAACGGGGAAAAGUGAAGAGGAGGAGAGGUCUGAUAUAAAAAGAGAACUAGAACAGUUAAUUACAGAGAAUACAAAGAAAACUAUAGAUGCAAUAACGACAGUGCAAGGGGAUAUAACAGAAUUAAAUAAGAGCUACUCUAAACCGAUUAGUGCGCAAACACAAAAUACAAGUUACAGCGAAAUACUUAAAUUGGGGAGAAAACAAACAGAUAUUGCUCUUCCUACGCCAACACCCCGUUACUCAAUAUUGGUUCAUAGUAAAAAUAAGAAGAAAACAUCUGAAGAAAUCAAAAAGAUAAUGGUUAAAAAUGUCAACCCUACAGAUAUAAAUAUUGGUGUCAAACAGAUGAGAAUGAUUAAAGAUGGAGGGGUGGUAGUGGAAUUAACAAGUUCAGAAGAUAUGACAACAUUGAAAAAAGAAUUAGAUAAGAUUAAAGAAUUGGAAACGGUUGAGAGGAAGAAAAAACUGCCAACUAUAAAAAUAGUCUCCGUCCCAAAGGAUAUUGAAAAAGAGGAGCUCGUACAUAAAAUGUACGAACAAAACAUGUGCUUAUCAGAGAACUUAUCUGAAACAUUUGUAGAGAAGCAGAUAAAAAUAAAAUACUCAAUUCCUCAAAAAGACUCGACACUACAGACUUGGAUAAUGGAGGUUUCACCCAUGAUCAGAGAAAUUUUAAUAAACGAAGAAAAAUUGUACAUAGGAUGGGUUAGGUGCACAGUUUACGACCACAUAACAGUGAUACGAUGCUUUAAGUGUUUGAACUUCGGACAUUUUGCGAAAGAAUGCCAAGAAAAGGAACAGGUGUGUAGUCACUGUAACGGUGCUCACAUCUAUAAAGAUUGCGUCAAAGAGGGGCCAGCAACAUGCAUAAAUUGUGUAAGAAACAGUCUAACAGAGGUAAAUCACAACUCAAUGGAUAAGCACUGCCCAAGCUACGUGAAACAACUCCGGAAACUUCUUGGAAUACAACGACAAUAGAAGAUCAUUGUAGAAGCCAUCGAGUUGAUGGACAGCAGUAUGUCUUCGACCUACAUGAAUGGUGAAUAUGAUUCAACAAUUAGAACAAUUGAUUGGAACCAUCAGACUUUUCAUAGUGGCCGAAUUGACCACUACACUGGA